GAGUGCCACGUCAUUAUUCUGCGCAGUGCUGAGGUGGCGUUUGAUUUGAGGCUCUUCGUUGCUGAAAUAUCCAUCAUGACUAAACUCCUGCAGUGGCUGCUCGGGGUCUCGUUACUGGGCGCUGUGUGGGCUCUGGUCGCUUUCGACCUACUGGAACUGAGCCUUCCUCGGACCUACAGGGAGGUGGCCUGGCCCAUUCCGCUCUACCUGCUGGUUUCGUUCGGCUGCUACUCCCUGGCUACGGUGGGCUAUCGGGUGGCCACCUUUAACGACUGCAACGAAGCUGCCAGCGAACUGCAUGAGCAGAUCAAGGAAGCCAAAGAGGACCUGAGGAAGAAGGGGUUAAAGAUGUAGGACAAUUAUAGAGAACUCUUUAGAGACUGAAUGGAGAGACAACUUGCAAAGUGGGAUGUUUAUAAAAUCUGUUGCUUUUUGGAUGAUUAUUGGAGCUUCGUUGUAUUACAGUAGUCAGCAGGUGCGACCAGAACAUUAAUGUGAAUAAGAUAUCAAAUAUUUCUGGUCAAUAUCACGUUUUUCCUGCUUGACGGUUAAAUUGUGUUGACUGACUGAGAACGUUUGUGUGAGACAUAGCCCCAUGAACUCAAGUUAAAGCUGCAAGCCAGACUUAUUUUGUAAAAUGAAUUCACUUUCAAUAUAAUUUGUCAACUAAACAGCAUGUCUUGGU